AUAUUUCGGAAUUCACCAAUCAACGAAAAUCGAUUAGUAGAUUCUCAUUAAUCGAAGUUUACGAUUAUACGUGUGUCUAUUGUAUUUGGUGGAGUAGUUUUGUUUUUCCUUAUAUUUUAGGAUUUUUACAGAAAUAUAAAGGUUUUUAUUUGCUAGAAUUAUUUCAAUUUAAUGAUAAAAGGCUGUAUGUGAAAACAACACUUCAAUUUCUAAUAUGGAUAGAUUGAAAUCAAAGCUGAGUAAAAUUUUGCACACAGUAGAUUUUAUAGCAGAUGAAAAACUAAGUAUAGAGGAAAAUCUAAAUCAGAUUCUUAAUCAGGUAUUUGCUAAAGCUAAUCAUUUGAAAGGAAAUAGGGAAAAUCUUAAACACAGGCAUGUUUCUCAUGUUCAAAGAUACAUUCUACAAGUUUAUCAACAAUUUUGUGAAAUAAAUUCAAUUUUAGAUGUACUAUUAGAAGAAAACAUUGUUAAGACGCUAGAUGUUUCACCUGUAAAUAAUGAUCUAGAUUCUAGCAAAAAAACUCCAACAGAACUUUUAUCUUUUGGCCAAGAACUAGCUGAAACUCACGAAACUGAACUAGAAGAUAAAAAUUAUGAAAAACAAAACUUGAAACAAUCUUCAUAUGAUUUUAGGCAAACAUUUUUAAAUAAACAAAAUCUGUCUAAUAUAAAAGACUUCUAUGAAAAAGCUUCCACUUGCUUCCAGACUGUUACAACCAAAAGUAUUCCAAUGCCUGGCAGCUCUUUUUCACAUACAAAUCAAUGUCUUCAAAGAGAUUUUGAAGUUCCAGAAAAAGACUCCAAUACUGAAUUCAAACAGUUGAAGGAGGUAGAUAGUGAACAUGAGCUGAUAGAACAUAUAGAAAAUAAAGAACAGUUGACUGAUUCAAUUUUAUCACGUUCCAUUAUAGAUAAUAAGAUAGAUACAAGUAUUGAAAAUGAGUGCAAAAACUUGCAUAAUUACACAGCUUUAGAUAAAUUGAAUAAUUUCAAAUCAAAAGUAGAUGAAAAUCCUGGACUUUUUGAAUUAUCGGAAGAUUUCACUUUAAAACCAUCAGGAUCAGGGACAACAAUACAUAAUUUCAUUCCACGUGCCCAAGAUAAUGUCAUAAAAGAUAGUAAGAAACAGAAGAAUAUUAAAUAUGAAAUCAAAUUUAAAGAAACACCUAAAGUUGGUGAAUAUUGUAUUGUUAGUCACAUAGAAUCACCGGAUGAGUUUUAUAUACAUGUUGAUAUAAUGUCAGUAGAGAAAAUUGCCACAGAUGUAAAUAAUUAUUGUCAGCAAGUUGAGACAGUCAAUUAUGCUUCAAAACAAGAAGCUCUAGCUAAAGUUGGGAGGUUUUGUUUAGCACUUAUCGAAAAUGAAUCUUGGUAUCGUGUUGAAAUUUUAAAAAUUGAAGAAAAUGAAGAUGUUUUGGUACGUUUAGUAGAUUAUGGAAACAAGGAAUUGGUGUCUUACAAAAAUUUACUUAAUCUAACUGAAGAAUUGAGCUCUGUUCCUAUGCUAGCCAUUUGGUGUCAUUUUCCUUUGCUAUAUCCUCCCGGUUCAACACGUUUACAUAAGUUAACAUCUUGGCCUAUAACAUCCAUUGAAGCUAUGAACAGUUUUUGUGAAGGCAUUUGUUUUACAAUAGUGUAUGCCUCCAGGGAAAGCAAUAAUUCAGUAGCUAUUGAUUUCUCAUGUGAAGAUAUUGAAGAUACCAUAGGACAGUUGCUGAUGGAUGGCAACUAUGCUGUUCAGAUAGUAGAAGGUUAUUUAGAUAACGAAAAUGAUGUUGAAUUGGACAGAUUUCUACACGAUAUAGACACUGUAGAACCUGAUAAUAUAAAUGAAGCUGUACUUGGAUAUGAUCCAAGAGAUGAGGCUAGAAUAUGUAGAUUCACAAAACCCGAUGGAACUUGUUAUAAAGGAAAACACUGUAAAUUAGAACAUUUUUUUUUACCACAAGAUGGUUUUACAACAGACAAAGAAAAUAUAUUUUCUGAAGCUAUGUAUUCGUUGAUAUUACCUCCAAUUAAUUCUACAAUCAUGAUUCUUAUCACAAGUUAUAUUGAUACAUGUAGAUUCUAUGGACAAAUUAUUAACAACCCUCAUAAAAAAGGGAAAUACUCUCUAGACUAUAACAUGAACUUGUUGCUAAAAGAAAUGAAUUCUCCUCAAAUUAUUAAGACUUAUGAAUCUUAUAAGAUAGCACCGGCUAUUGGAGAAAUUGUUAUAGUUAAAUGUAAAAAAUGGUUACGUGCAAUUGUACGAGAGAUAAGAAUAGAUGAAACUGGGGUUGCAGCAGAAGUAAAGUUAUUCAUAGUGGAUACAGGCGACAAUAUUACAGCUUCCAUUGAGUCAGUAAGGAAAAUAAAACCACAUUUUCUACAGCUACCUUUCCAAGUGGUUGAAUUCUACAUUUAUAACUACCAAAUGUCAAAAAACAGCUCAGCUCAUGAUGCCAGAAAAUUCUUCAAUGAAAAUUUGUAUUUGCACAACUUUCUUGCCACAACAAAGUCCUCGAAUGCCCCUUUAAAAGUAGAGCUUAAGAAUCUCAAUGGAAGGAUGGUAAUUGGAUCAACAUUAGAGAAAGAGGGUUAUGCUGAGAGAAGAACAAUAGAUAUCCAUGUUUCAGAAACGUGUAAUUUAGAUUUAGGUUGAGUCUAAUUACUGCCAAUUUGUGAUGUAUUUUAUUAUUAAUUAUUAAAACGACCAAAAAGUAAUAGAAUUGAAUAAAAUGUAUAUUUAAAUAAAUUGUGAGCAUUUUUACUUGUUGAUAUAUUUAUAUUUAGAGUGAAUAAACGUUACAUUAUAACCUCAA